CCCUCUUAAACCGUGUUCCUGGCCGGUCGGAUUCCAGUGUGGGACAACAGUGCGGAAAAUAACACAAGCCUGUUCGACAUGGCAGAGACUCACAGCUUGCAGGACAUGAGGCAGCAGGCAGCCAUUGCUGCCAAAGUCUUUGUUCAGAGAGAUUACACUCAUGGCACCAUCUGCCAGUUCCAAACCAAGUUCCCCUCCGAGCUCGAGACCAGGAUUGACAGACAACUGUUUGAGGAGACCGUUCGGACGCUCAAUAAUCUGUAUGCCGAGGCUGAGAAGCUGGGGAGCCAGUCGUACUUGGAGGGCUGCCUGGCCUGCCUCACAGCCUACACAAUCUUCCUGUGCAUGGAGACUCACUAUGAGAAGGUUUUGAAGAAGAUUGCAAAGUACAUACAGGAACAGAAUGACAAGAUCUACACACCACGGGGCCUCCUUCUCACCGAUCCCAUCGAGAGAGGCUUGAGAGUUAUUGAGGUCACCAUCUUUGAAGACAGAAGCCUUGGGAGAUAAAAAUUGACAUGAUGUUCUGCUGAGUGGAGCUGUGGAUCUUCACCCACAAUACUGCGUUUCUACAAUCACCCCGGUACAGUCAGCCAGUGCUCAACUCACACGUGGUGAAACUGGAGGAUCGUUAUCAUUGUGUCUGUCAGUUCCUGCUGUGGUUUAAUUCUGUCACCCAACAUGCUCACCUUUAUUUACGUACCUCUGGUGAGUUUUGUAACCUGCCCGUCCCCAUGUGAAAUCUGAGCAUUGAGUUUGUUUGUAUUUAUUUAUUUAUGGCUCAAAAACACUUUAUUUAUUAGUGUUUUUGGACACUCAUGUUUAAAUGCUGCAUAUGACGCAGUCAUAAAUUUAACUCACACCUUGCGGUUAGGGGAUUAACUAAAGUACAGAUACGGUAUAGCUGAAAUGCCACGUGCGGCAUACCUCACGUUGAAUGUUUAUUACGCUGCUCAGCAUGUUUCCUCUUUAAGUUUGACUCUGUAAUGAAGUGACGUCACUGAAGACUGUCAGGAUGAAUCUCACCUAUUCCACAGACAUUCCAGUCAGAAAGUUUGUGUUUAAUUUUGUGUAUUAUCCUAAAAUUACUAUGGUGGCUGAUAGGUGAAAAAUUUACUUCAGCAACAGGGAGUUGCAUCAAAAAACACCUUGCAAAUUAAAAAAAUGCUUGCAAACACAGUACAAACAAAUAUAACAUGCAGUACUUACUAGUGAAUUUGAUAUUAUGUCUGCUGCAAAUUUACUCAGUGCACCCAAACACAAACACUUGGCAGAGCUUCAUAACAGAAGUACUCACAGCACAAAUGGUGGCUUCUACCCAGAGAACAUUAACUGAUGGACCAUUCAGUGCAUCACAAUCAAGCGAUAAACUUCAAUAGGCUCAGAUGAAGCCCUACCAGGAAAAGAGGCGUAGUCACUUUAAGUGACAGCAGCUGAGCAGAGUUCCACCUCAUAGCUGUCGUAACUGUAUCCACUCAGUCUGACCACCAGCGGUUAUGGAGUUUGUGUCUGUUUGGAGUAUUUUAUUACAAAUACCUGGAAUAAUACGGCAUAAUACGGCCUGUUGUGUGGUGAAACAGCCUAACAGAUCAUUUAAGACAUCCUUGCUGCAAUAUUCACACUGAGUGAAACUCAUCGUAUUUAAUGUUGUAUGUUAACAGCUUUAGCAGGUUUAGUAGCACAAUCUGUUAAAUCCUGUUAAUUCAUGAUUGUUGAUAAAAUAAGUGGCUUGCAACGUUUAAUGUCCACACCAAAGCAAAUCGUUAGGAGAAACACCACGUGGUCCCCAAAAAAUAUGAUUUAAUAAACACCUGAACGACGGUUAGAUUAGCCUGUUGGCUGAGAUGGUUCAGACUUGAAGAUAGGGGUGUGUUCAUACAUCCUUCAUUGUACACUGAGUCACCCACGCUCCACCCCGUUAUGCAUUAAUCAGUUCAUUGUGAUGUAGCCAGAAGCAGCUAUACCACUGAUACAACUACCUGUUGCUGAUACAGGUAUUUUUGUGUAUUUGUCACAGUUUAAUGCAUUUGCUAGUGUUGUGGUCCCUAUUGGCCACCAUAGUUAUUCUUUAGCUUUAUGUCAAAGCAAAAAGGCCCAACUUGUGCUUAUGUUUAGAGCACAGUGUUGAAGUCCUCUUUUUUUUAUGUAGCUUUGCAUUUGUGGAUUAAAAAUAAAUAAAUAAAUAAAAAACUUUUUAAAAUUCUGACUAAUUAGUUCAAAACUUUAUCAGUUUGCUUCACAUCUUUCACAAUCAGUGGAUGUUAUUAUUAUUCAAACUCUACCACUGAUUCAGAAUCUUUCAUUGGGGCUGGAUUCCUUCACUAACCGCGGUGUGAGGUCACCAUUGUCUGAUGUAUUAAGUGCUCUUGUUAGUUGCCAGUGCCUGGAUUAUCUUGGAAUGUUUCCUAGCUUGUGCCCACGUGUUGCUCACAGUCACCAAACAACUUAGAAUGAUUAUUCUGUAUGAGUCGGUAACACCUUAAUAAUCAUGAUGAUGUUGUAAAACGGGACAUGAAUUUCAAGCAUUUUUAAUCCAGAAGCAAGAAUAACUCAGCAUUUAGUCAUGAAAAGACAAUCAUUUAUGUAAAUAUAUUUCAUUGUUUUGCAUUAUUUAGUCUGUCUUUCUACCUGAUCUUUUAUUUUUUUUAAUUUGAACAUUUGUUUUUCUUUUACAAUCAAAUUGUAAAUGUGUUCUUAAAAUUGUAAUUAAAGAAAUUGUUCAUUUA